GUAGUAUGCCUCCUCGCCGAGCUCCUAGGCAGAAUCAUCCAGGGGGUGAUGAUGAGGAAGCACAGAGUGGUUUUAUGAAUGCCAUGGAGGAUUUCUUUCAGCGUUUUAGCACUAGCAUGGUCCCUGAGAUAAAUUAUGAUGGAGCUUACAAGAAUGGUGCUAGAGCGUUUAGCCAUGCUGUUGAGCCAUUGGAUGCUCAGAAUUGGGUAGAGACCAUUGAGAAGAUGUUUAUUCAGGUGAGGUGCCCAGAGGAUAGGAAAGUGGGCUUGGCUACUCAGUUUUUGGAUAAGGAAGCUUGGCAUUGGUGGCUUGAUAUGAGUAGAGGUAUGGGUGAAGCUGCAAAUCAUAUGUCUUGGGAUCAGUUUACAACUCUUUUUAGAGAGCGCUAUAUUAGUCAUGCUCAUGUCAACCGAAUGAGGGAGGAGUUCUUGAAUCUGCAAAAAGGUGAUGACAUGACAGUGAUGGGUUUUGAGCAGCGAUUCCGGGAGUUGUCCUAUUAUGUGCCGGAUUUGGUGAAGACAGAGCAGGAGAAGAUUUAUCAGUUCACCAAGGGUCUUGGUGGUAUUUAUGCAAACAGGAUGACAGCGGUGUCAUAUCAGUCAUUUCACCAGGCUGUGACUUUUGCUCUGAAUAUUGAGGCCCAGGAGUUGGCAGCUAGCCGUCUUUGUGAUUCUGGUGGUCAUAGCCAGGGUUCAUCAAGGAAAUUGGCGUCCACCUCGGGUUCUGGAUCAUCUUCUGGUAGUGGACAUGGUAGCAGUUCGAGUCCUGGCUCCGGUUUCAGAGGGAAGUUCAAGAAGCACGGUAGUAGACCCUUCAAGAAUUUUAUUGGGCGUCAGCUUGGGCGAUUCAGGAGUGGAUCGAGCAGUAGGAGUGGGACCUCAGGUGGUCAGUCUUUUCAGUCUGGACAGAGUCAGUUUCAGUUAGGGGGAUGUUUUCAGUGUG